AGAAAGAAGCGAUCGUGGCUGUUGCUCAAAAUAGAAAACUUUUUCUGAACACUUUCUUAUAGGACUGCAAUGACCUCCAGUAAAGACAUGAAGACUGGCUCGGUGUUGCAAUCGGGCAGCGAGGAGAGGAGACGGGGUCCUUUAGAUCAGCUGCCGCCCCCCGCUAACUCCAACAAGCCUCUAACUCCGUUUAGUAUUGAGGACAUCUUAAACAAGCCGUCCGUGAAGAAGUCGGUGACGAAUCUGUGUCCGCCGCGCGUGCUUGAGAAGGUAACGGGAGCGAACGCUGUUCGGAACGGCCUCAGCACUCCGUCCUCACCCUUAUGCGCCCUGGAGGAGCUAGCAAGCAAAACUUUUAAAGGGCUUGAAGUCAGCGUUAUACAAGCGGCAGAAGGUCGCGAACACAUGAACGCUUUCGGCCAGAGGCAGGUGUCGAAAAAGCGGCGGAAGUCGCGCACGGCCUUCACCAACCAUCAGAUCUACGAGUUAGAGAAGCGCUUCCUGUACCAGAAGUACCUCUCGCCGGCUGACCGUGAUCAGAUCGCUCAGCAACUCGGCCUCACCAACGCACAGGUCAUCACCUGGUUUCAGAACCGACGAGCUAAGCUCAAGAGAGAUCUGGAGGAGAUGAAGGCAGAUGUCGAGUCGCUGAAGAAGAUUCCCCCGCAAACGCUGCAGAAACUUGUAUCUAUGGAGGACAUCGACGAUGCGCACGGCGGGUCGGCUCCGAUAUCACCGAGCGCGUCGCCGAGAGCGCACGGCCUCAGAGUCUUCCCUCAGUCGCCGCCUUCAUCCCGGGGCCAAACCACAGACGAGUUCUCCGAAGAGGACGAAGAGAUUGAGGUGGACGAUUGAGACCUGGCCCAGUCAUUUUCUGUACCGGGCGUCUAUUUUCUGUGCUGAUGAAUAUGAAAUGUCCUCCCUGCUAUGUGCAGCAGACGAACAGCCGUUUUUAUCCACACAACUUUUGCACGAAUGUUGAACAAUGCGGAAGAACUAAAAAGUGAAAGGAUGUUUUUUUCCAGCCCGCUUUUUUUCUGUCUCUCAUGUUUUAAUUUAUUGCAAGGAUUGUAAAAGCUUCCAUGACUGAAGAUGAGCUGAAAAGGAGUACAUUUUCAUUCAGUAGGAUAUGAGAAUUGAUUAGUGAUUGUGGUACCAGAUCACGAACUCAACAUGUGUAUGUACUUUUAAAGGUUUAUUUUAUGCCACAUAAAUAUGGGGAAACUCGUGCAAUUGUUUCGUUACGCAGUUCGUCAGUAGUAUCACACCAACUACACUACUGUUAUAGCUGCUAAUGAUACUCAUCUGCCAAAUGUGAUUUUCUUUUUUUUUUCCAACGAAUUUCUCAAGUAUAUAGUCAUAUUUAUAUUUAUACAAUGUCAAGAAAGAUGUCAGUUGGGCCAUAGGAUUAGUAUUUGCUAUUUCACUGAAAAUAUUCCCAGUUACAAUUGCUGAAACAGUUUCUUCCAUAUUAGUGAUAUAUUUGUAAUUCUGGUCCUUAAGCCUGGAUGAAAAGCCACUCUGGUCAAAACUUUGAAUACAAAUAAUAGCCAAAUUAUCCAAAUAACAGGGGGUAA